AUGGCGCCACGAAAAAUCAUAAUCGACACCGAUCCGGGCGUCGAUGACAUCCUCGCCAUGCUCCUCGCCUUCUCAGGCCUCCCAUCCGAAGUCGAAGUCCUCCUCGUCUCCGUCACGUACGGCAACGUCGACGUCCGCAACUGUCUCCGCAAUGUCGUCUCGUUAUUCUCCAUCAUCGAGAAGGAAAUGGCGUGGCGUCGAGCUCAGGGCCGGCCUGUGGGCUUCGACACGCUUAGGCAGUCGAAACCGCUUGUUGCUGUUGGCCCGGAGCAUCCGCUUGCGGAUGAGAUGUUGAUGGCCGAUUUCUUUCACGGGAGAGACGGACUCGGAGAAAUCCAUACCAGCCAUCCGCACCUCAGCCCAGCAGAUACUUGGAAAGCACUAUUCGACGACGCGGAGAGCUCUGCAGAUCCCGAACAAACCGCGAUAGCCGAAGAGCUGAAGAAGACCGACUCCAUCUUCACCGCAUCCCGCACUCCCGCGCAUCUGGAGAUUCUCCGCCUGCUGCGCGAAAACGAGCCGGAUACAAUCACGAUUGUAGCCGUUGGCCCGCUCACAAAUCUGGCGUUAGCAGCAGCAGCAGACCCCGAGACGUUCCUUCGGACCAAGGAAGUAGUCGUGAUGGGGGGCAAUGUCCAUCAUCCAGGAAAUAUGACCCCCGUAGCAGAAUUUAACACCUACGCCGACACCAUCGCCGCCGCACGAGUCUACGCCCUCACCUCCCCCAACCCCCACACAACCAUGCCCCCCGUCCCCCCAGCACCACCAGGAACGCCCGAAGGAACCUACCCCCCACCCUUCCUAAACCCCUACCCCCCCAACCUCCCCGAGCGCCUCAAACUCUCCCUCUUCCCCCUCGACAUCACCGAACAACACCUCCUAACCCGCGGCGCCUUCCGCGCCCUCCUCUCCCCACUCACAACAGCCCACUCCCCCCUAGCAGAAUGGACGCAGGCCUUCAUGACCGCCACCUUCGCCAAAGUCGAGUCGCUGCACCCGGUCGUGACAGGCGACGCAGUGAGUCUGCAACUGCACGACCCCAUGUGCACAUGGUACUGCAUGACGGCCGAGCACGCGGGGUGGAAGUUUGCCGUGGACGAGGAUUUGCGCGUCGAGACGGCGGGCCAGUGGACGCGGGGGAUGUGUGUGGUUGAUCGGAGGGAUCGGCCGAAGAGCGAUGAUGCCGAUUUGCAUGAGGUCGCGGGAGAUACUGAUGGAUGGGUCGGCGGAGGCAAAGGCAACAGACUACGGAUAUGCAUCGACUCGCCUGGCCGAGCGGACUUUGGCGCGUACAUGGUGAAGAGGAUUUUUGGCCUGUGA